UGAACAAAAGGGGAGGGCGACGCGUGCACCGGAGCCGGGGAAAGGCCGCAGCAGAGCUGGCCUCUCCCUCCGUCCUUGCACCGGAGCGCAUGAGCGGGGAGCGUCUUUGCACCGAGCCCCGGAGCCCAGGGACCGAGCGCGCGCCGCCGCCGGAGCCCGGAGCCUGCAGGGACCAAGGAAGCAAGCAAGCAAGCCAGCAGGCCGGCCGGCCAGCGCCCAUCCUGCGGGUGUUCUGCUCCCGUGUAAACAUUUCCUCCUUUGGAGAAAGGCCAGUCAGUUGGUGGAAGACUGGAGUUCUCACUUGGUCUUGAGGAAAAAAACCAUGCCUGUGUUAUCAGAAGAUUCAGGUUUGCAUGAGACCCUUGCUCUCCUGACAUCGCAGCUGAGGCCCGACUCCAAUCACAAGGAAGAAAUGGUGUUCUUGAAGGACAUCUUCAGUGAGAGAAGCCUUAGCUAUUUAAUGAAGAUUCAUGAAAAGCUGUGCCAUUAUGAAAGGCAGAGCCCGGUCCCCGUUCUGCACAGCGCAUCUGUUCUAGCUGAAGAUGUGAUAGAAGAAUUGCAGACGUCGCCUAUGAAUAACGACGAAAAGGAGUUGCUUCAGCUGCUGUCCACGCCACACCUCAGGGCAAUGCUUGUUGUACACGACACGGUGGCCCAGAAGAAUUUUGACCCCGUCCUUCCUCCUUUGCCGGACAACUUCGAUGAAGAUUUCGACGAGGAGUCCGUAAAAAUAGUUCGCCUUGUGAAGAAUAAGGAGCCCUUGGGGGCCACCAUCCGGCGCGAUGAGCACCGUCUUGUGCACGUGGGAGAUGAGCUGCGUGAAGUGAAUGGCGUUGUUGUUCUUCACAAAAGGCCUGAGGAAAUAAGCCAGAUUUUGGCCCAGUCCCAGGGAUCCAUAACGCUGAAAAUAAUUCCAGCCAUCAAGGAAGAAGAUUGCCUGAAGGAAAGCAAGGUGUUCGUGAGAGCCCUUUUCACCUACAACCCCAAGGAGGAUAAAGCCACCCCUUGUCAAGAAGCUGGGCUGCCAUUUCAAAGAAGGCACGUCUUGGAGGUGGUGAGCCAGGACGACCCAACGUGGUGGCAGGCCAAGCGCGUGGGGGACACGAACCUUCGGGCAGGCCUGAUCCCUUCGAAACAAUUCCAGGAAAGGCGUCUGAUGUACAGGAGGACCAUCGGCAUGCUACACAACACCAGAAGCGCAACAAAACCGCUCUAUGAUCAGUCUUCCGAGAAAGAAGAUUGUGAUUGUGAGGGAUACUUCAACGGACAAUAUAUAGCUGGCUUGCGAAGGAGCUUCCGGCUGAGCCGAAAGGAGAAGCAGAGCAGCCAGCCCGAAGCCAAGCAAGCUGAGCCGACUCAGAUGUCCGAACUCCUCACCUACGAGGAAGUCACCAAAUACCAGCAGCAGCCGGGCGACCGGAAGAGACUAGUGGUUUUGAUAGGUUCUUUGGGGUCCCGAUUAAAUGAGCUCAAGCAGAAAGUUGUGGCAGAGAACCCACAGGAGUAUGGGGUUGCCGUGCCACAUACCACAAGGUCCAAGAAGAGUCAUGAAAAGGAGGGAGUGGAGUACAACUUCGUCUCCAAGCAGUCGUUUGAGUCUGAUGUGCAACAUAACAAGUUUGUAGAGCAUGGAGAGUAUAAGGAGAAUCUCUACGGGACAAGCUUGGAGGCCAUACAGUCAGUCAUGGCCAAGAAUAAAGUGUGCCUUGUGGAUGUCGUGCCUGAGGCCGUGAAGCACUUGAGGACGCCCGAGUUCAAGCCAUACGUUGUCUUUGUGAAGCCUCUUGUUUCGGAAAAGAAAAAGAAUGCCCCGAUGUCCCUGGCACCGGAUGACAUUUUUGUCCCGCUCGACGAGGAACAGGUAGAAAUGGCUAACUCGGCGGCUUUCAUUGAAGAACAGUAUGGCCACAUUAUCGACACAGUCCUGGUGAAAGAAGACCUCCACAGUGCGUGCAGCCAGCUGAAAGCCAUAUUGGAGAAACUGAACACAGACUCCUUCUGGGUGCCAAUCUCAUGGGUCAGAUUAUAGUCAGCAAUGCUGUGCCAAAUUAGAAGAGAUACCUGUUCACUAAUAUGCUGUAAAUAUAAUGGAUCAAAAGGGAAACAAACAACCCCCCCUCCCCCCCCCACACAUCCGCUGGAAUUGCAGGUUUGCUUGGAAAACAGCAAAGAGAACCGUCUCCAUCUGGGAACUUUCUCUGAUGCAAUAAUUUCCUCUACGGGAAUGAAAACAAAUCACUGUGGCGGAAUGAAAAAUCCCUCCAGGAGAGAAUCCAGAGUCUUGUGCGCGGCUUCCAGUCCUGCCGACAGAAGCCUUUCGCUUUUCUUUUGUAAGCUGCCGCUGCAAGAUCAAAACACAGGGAUCUGGACGCAAUGAUGCUUCAGACUUUCCUGAAUUAGGGAAAAAAAGCACUAGAAAAAGAGGAUUCCAACUUUACUGAAUAAGAAAACAAACCACCCGAAUGUUGGGUGGUUGACAAGAAAGGAAAGAUAAGUUCUAUUACAGAGUUAUAAUUUUGGAUAACGUAAGAAGGACCUUCUCUUUUAAAUGGCUGGCCAGUGGGAGCUUUGAUCCAAAUGAUGGUUCUUCCGUCUUUUUGCAGCAGGGAAGAAUUCCUGGGCCAAUCACCCUGCCUGAAGAUUCUACUUUAUGUAACCUACAUAUAGCUGAAAAGGAGCCAUCAAAUAAUUUUCUGUACUUUCUCUGCAAUUUGCCAUAAUAAUGGUCUGAAUGCUCAAGAGGUAACGGGCAAUUUCCCUCAUUCUCACCAGGAAAGCCACAAACUCAGACCUGCCUAGAAGCAUCUAAUAUACUUGCCUUUUCUUCCUUUUGCUUGCACAAGCUGUGAAAUGUCAAGAUCCCUGUGGAGGCAGCCACCCUCUCCCGCUCAGUGAACAGCGUACUAAGGCCAAAUUCCAUUUAGUUCCAUGUCUGUAGAUCCUCAAUUCUUUCUUUUAAUGGCAAGUUUCUAGUUCUUACCGCUGUAGACAAUAGUGGGAUUCAAAUAAUUUAACAACCGGUUCCGGUGGUGGGAUUCAAGUAAUUUAACAACUGUUUGUUUACAAGCACCAUUUUAACAACCGGUUCGGCUGAAGUGGUGCGAACCGGCUGAAUCCCACCACUGGCUUAGAGUUCUUCUUCGGUUUUGUAACCAAAGGCGGGUUGUGUGUCCCUAGUCUAAAAACUGGAGUGAAAGAACAUUACAGCCUCUGUGGAAAAGAUUUCGGACUUAUCUCCAAAUCUUUCCCCUCUUCUUUCUUCUCCAUUUUUAAAAAAAGUGUUUUGGCUUUUCUUUUCUUUUUUUUAACACUAAUUCAGAUUCAUUUGUUACACACGGACUUCCCUUCAAACCAAUUUUUCACACUUAUCCUGUAAUAACUAAAAGGAGAUUACUUUCCCAAGUACAGAUUUUUCUUAUAUAGCCCAGCCAUAAUAAUAUUAUUUUGUCCCUAUACCUUAUCUGUAGUUUUUCUCUUCUGCUCCUUGAAACUUAUCAACAUUCAUUUAUUCUUCGAUAUAUUUUCAAGAUCAUUUGCUGUGUCCGUUCAUCCUUAAAUGCGGAUAACAUUCUCCCAUUAAUAAUUUUCGUUAUUUUUUUCAUUUGGGCAAACUCAACUAUUUUAGCAUGCCAUUCCCGGACGGUCGGUAAUUUACAGGAUUUGGGAAGUUGAUUAAUUUAUGCAACACAAGCAUGUACAGACAAAUGCUUUGCAUAAUUUCCUUCACAGACUAUACAUUUUCGUGGUAUGGAAUUUUGUAUUUGAGUUGGUUGGAGGUUGUGUCUUGUGAAUGUGAAAAUGCCUAGUCCUGUGUGCAGCCUGUGUGGGUUUUUUUCCCUCUCUCCUUGGAAAAUUCAAACUGAUCUUAUGUUCCAGUAUAGUAUUUUUCUGUGUUUUUGCCUCCAUAAGAAUAAUUCCCACGGAGGAAAAUCUUACACUAGACCAGUGGUGGUGAACCUUUGGCACUCCAGAUGUUAUGGACUACAAUCCCCAUCAGCCCCUGCCUGCAUGGCCAAUCGGCAGGGGCUGAUGGGAAUUGUAGUCCAUAACAUCUGGAGUGCCAAAGGUUCGCCACCACGGCACUAGACUUUCCUUGCGAUGCUAUACUCUGCUGCACAUAAAGAUAAUACAGUAGGUUGUAUGUUCCUUUGCCAUAGAACAAAGUAUGCCAGACUUCCUUUGCUGUAGAAUGCUCUGUCUGGGUCCUAGUGCCUACCUAGCCCUGCUCCUGCCAUCUGUUUGAAAGCAAAAAAAUAAAUUUUGGCAUGAAUGCCCUUGUAUCAAAGUACCAUGUUCAGUAAUGCACCUAAUAAUGGUUUUGACAAAGGCAGUGUGUGAAAAUGCAUGACAAUUCUCAUAUGCGUUCAGGACCAUGUCCUUUCUCAGCUGCUGCACCUCAACUGACCGAAUUAUCAUCUUUAUGUGGAACAGAAUAUAGGAUGUUGGCCUUCAGUCAAGUCUUUGAGAAGGAGGUAUCCGUGAAGACUGGAGUGGUGAUUGUGGUUCUGUUUUGGUUUCAUGAUUUUCAGACUGUUCCAAGGAUACUUUCCGUGGAAGCCUCUCCGAAUACCUCAAUGAAAAGAUCACUUAUAGUGGUAUAAGCCUCUAAAAGGUUUCCUGCCUGUUACUGCUUGCAACUGUGCCACCGAAGGAGACCGAUAUGUCUUUUCCAAGGGUGCAUCCAGUAUGUAUGGAAGCAGACAGAUGGUGACGCCCAAUAAAACCCGUCCAGCGUUCUUCAUAAACCGACUGUGUACUUCUAGAACAAGCCGCUGAAAUCGUUGGCAACCCAGAGGGUUCUCAGGGCAGAUGCUGAAGAAUUCCUUAGCAGAUACGUUGGUGUCAAAAGGGUUCGAUGAUGGCUGGACACUUGAAAAAUCACCUAUAGUCUCUUGUAAUAUAAGUGGAAGACCACAUAGUGUCUAUCAAAGGAUAAAUUUAUUCAUUCAAUGUAUGCUGUAUUUCUGUUGUACAUUCUUUGUAUGGGAGGUGCAAAAUUGUUCUUUGCCUCUACUAUCCCACCUUAACCCUGGGUCCAAAUUUCAGUUCAUAGUAAGAGUCUUGUCUGGAACACAUUCAUGCUUUUUCUUCCUUUAGGUUAUGUUUGUUGUUAUACUUAUGUUCUGUCACUAGAUGCCGCUAUGGAGCCAGUUGUUUUGACAUGAGUGCCCUUGUACACAUUACUUUCUGUCCUAUAAACGAUUACUCCUGACAGGGAGGAUUACAAAUUUUAGCUGGGUUUAAAAAGGGGACCAGGAUAUCUUUUCUGUAUUGAUUGAUCAUGAUCAAGGAAAGUAUGUAUUCUUCAGAAAGUUCAAGAGGCUGAGAACUUUACAGGCAAAGACAGAAGUAUAUACAGGGGAAAUCGACAUAGGAUAUUGCAGAACUUUUACACUAGUUACGCAAUGACAACUCAAUACUCCAUUAAAUUGUAAUCAAUAGAAAACCCCA